AUGGGACGUAAAAUUUUAGAACAGGCCUACCAAGCCAUUUUUGAUGCUGGAAUCAGCCCAGUGGAACUCUCCGGGAAAAAAGUAGGCGUAUAUGUUGGCAGUUGCUUUUCUGAAACCGAAAAAGCUUGUUUUUACGUCGCAAGUUCUAGAACAGGUUUUGGUAUUGCAGGAUGUAGUAAAACAAUGUUUGCCAAUCGAAUCUCGUACUGGCUGAAUGCCAAAGGGCCAUCUAUGGCUAUUGAUGAAGCUUGCUGCAGUUCUACUGGUGCACUCGAGCAGGCUUACCUCGCUAUUACUCGUGGAGAAUGUGAUGCUGCAAUUGUUGGAGGAGCCAACCUGUGCUUGCAUCCACAAUCCUCUGUCCACUAUGGGAGAAUCAUGAAACUAAGUAUGGAUGGUAAAACAAAAUCAUUUGAUAGUAAUCCCGCUGGAUGUUCUAAAUCGGAGUCAAUCAAUGUUCUUUUCUUGCAAAAAGCUAAAGAUGCACUAAGAGUUUAUGCAGAAGUUGCUUAUAUUAAAUGUGAGUUUACUCAACUAGAAGAAGAUGAAAGUGGUCCAAAAUACGGUUUCUACAGAAAUCCUAACAUUUCGGCUGAUUUUUUAAAAAAAUUCUAUCAAGAAGCUGACGUUUCACCAGAUGUAGUGGAAUAUGUUGAAGCGGUUGGUUCAGCUGUUGCUGAAGCUGAUAAAUCAGAAUUACAAUCGAUA